AAUUAUACAUACAUUAAGUCCACAUGAUGUAAAAUUCAAAAGGGACAAAAAUACGUAGAGGAGAAAAUCUCUCCCACCCUGUCUCCCAAACAACCAGUUCCUCUCUCCAAAGAAAUUUCUGUUGCUACUCUACUUUGUAUCUUUCCAACUGCAAUUUUUAUACAUAUACUGGCAAAUAUGACUAUAUCUUUCCCUUCUACACAACUAAUGGCAAAGAAUACUCACUGUUCACAACUUCGUGGUAUUGAAUUGUACGGAUGCACCACACGUUACUGAAACAGUCCCCAAUCCAAUCUACAAACAACCUUGUACACAUAUCCUUUUUCAUGUGUGUGAGAAUAUGCAAAGGAUACAUAUACCCAAAAAAAAUCGGUUAAAGGAUAUCUGCAUUCAUCAUUCUGGUGAACUUUUACAAAAUGCCCCCAAUAAAACCUGGAUCAAUCCUGCACUCAGAAAUACGGAAAUCAAGAGAAUUUUAGAUCAGAGAUACUACAUGAGAGAUGGAAACACUACACAAAAUUAGACUAUAAUACUGCCACCCGCUUGGCCAUAGUUUUAUUAUCCCUGAAGAAUCAAAGGCACCACAGUGGAAAACGGUACACUCAAGUACAGCUGGUUUGAACCUUCACAGGAACAGUAUCAAGGAGCCUCAUUCCCUUCCCAGGCGCUGAUAAGUGCGCCAAAACCAAUCAGAAGCAAAAUUUCUAGCAGAACGCUCAGCACCCAGGAGCUGUGAAAGGCAGCAGAAGCGGACAGGGGGCCUGAGGACCCCCGGGACGUCUAAGGUCCUUCGCAGUCUCCCUGGCGGAGUCCCGCCUCCAGGGCCGCACGCCCCUUCCACGUAACUGUCUCGGAGGGCAAGCAGCAGAGAACCGCGCGGCGGUGGCCACAGACCCGACUGUGACGCAGAGAACGCCGAGGUCCGUGGUCGCGGGGCUCCGGGAUUCUCAUCACAGCGAUGGUCGGCCCGAAAAGGCCACUGCGGACUAUGGACGGGAGGAAACGGGGCGCCUCGGUGGGUUUCCUCGACGUGAGAGGGCGCCUGAACGCCUGGUACUUACAGAAUUCAAGCACCCCUUUCACUCGCUCUCCACGUUGCUUGAUGAGAGGCAUCAUGGCUCCCAAGGACAUGAUGACAAACACUCACGCUAAAUCCAUCCUCAACUCCAUGAACUCCCUCAGGAAGAGCAACACCCUCUGUGAUGUGACGCUGAGGGUGGAGCAGAAGGACUUCCCCGCCCACCGGAUCGUGCUGGCUGCCUGCAGCGACUACUUCUGCGCCAUGUUCACCAGCGAGCUCUCAGAGAAGGGGAAGCCGUAUGUAGAUAUUCAGGGUUUAACUGCCUCCACCAUGGAAAUCCUGCUGGACUUUGUGUACACGGAGACCGUGCACGUGACUGUGGAGAACGUCCAGGAGCUGCUGCCUGCGGCCUGCCUGCUCCAGCUGAAAGGCGUGAAGCAAGCCUGCUGCGAGUUCUUGGAAAGCCAGCUGGACCCUUCCAACUGCCUGGGCAUCCGGGACUUCGCUGAGACUCACAACUGUGUUGACCUGAUGCAAGCAGCUGAGGUUUUUAGCCAGAAGCAUUUUCCUGAAGUGGUACAGCAUGAAGAGUUCAUUCUUCUCAGCCAAGGAGAGGUGGAAAAGCUCAUCAAGUGCGAUGAGAUUCAGGUGGAUUCUGAAGAGCCGGUCUUCGAGGCUGUGAUCAACUGGGUGAAGCACGCCAAGAAAGAGCGGGAGGGGUCCUUGCCGGACCUGCUGCAGUACGUCCGCAUGCCCCUGCUGACCCCCCGCUACAUCACAGACGUCAUAGACACUGAGCCUUUCAUCCGCUGCAGCCUGCAGUGCAGGGACCUCGUUGACGAAGCCAAGAAGUUCCACCUGAGACCCGAGCUGCGCACCCAGAUGCAGGGGCCCCGGACGAGGGCGCGGCUUGGGGCCAACGAGGUGCUUCUGGUGGUUGGGGGCUUCGGGAGCCAGCAGUCUCCCAUCGACGCCGUGGAGAAGUUCGACCCCAAGACGCAAGAGUGGAGCUUUUUGCCAAGCAUUACUCGGAAGAGACGCUAUGUGGCCUCGGUGUCCCUUCACGACCGGAUCUACGUGAUUGGUGGCUAUGACGGCCGCUCCCGCCUCAGCUCUGUGGAGUGUCUGGACUACACAGCAGACGAGGACGGGGUCUGGUAUUCUGUGGCUCCGAUGAACGUCCGGCGGGGCCUGGCUGGAGCCACCACCCUGGGAGAUAUGAUCUAUGUCUCUGGGGGCUUCGAUGGAAGCAGGCGCCACACCAGUAUGGAGCGCUAUGACCCGAACAUUGACCAGUGGAGCAUGCUGGGCGACAUGCAGACGGCCCGGGAAGGUGCCGGCCUCGUGGUGGCCAGCGGGGUGAUCUACUGUCUAGGAGGAUAUGACGGCUUGAAUAUCUUAAACUCAGUUGAGAAGUAUGACCCCCAUACAGGACACUGGACUAAUGUCACACCGAUGGCCACCAAGCGCUCUGGUGCAGGGGUAGCGCUGCUGAAUGACCAUAUUUAUGUGGUGGGGGGAUUCGAUGGUACAGCCCACCUUUCUUCUGUGGAAGCCUACAACAUUCGCACCGACUCCUGGACAACGGUCACGAGCAUGACCACCCCGCGGUGCUACGUCGGGGCCACGGUGCUUCGGGGGAGACUUUAUGCAAUUGCAGGCUACGACGGGAACUCCCUGCUGAGCAGCAUUGAGUGCUACGACCCCAUCAUUGACAGCUGGGAGGUCGUGACCUCCAUGGGAACUCAGCGCUGCGACGCCGGCGUGUGUGUUCUGCGAGAGAAAUGACUGGGCGAAGAGACACUUUGCAGAGAACCAAGGGUCCUUUCCAGAAUGUCUGUUCUCAGUGUGGGGAGGGGAUGACAGGCUCAGUGCCGCGGCUCUCACUGCACUUAUUUGACACGCCCUGGCGUUGGGGGUGUCCCCGAGGAGGGCGGAGGCCGCAGGCACUCGAGGGCGGAGGCCGCACCCUGCAUGGGUGUGAUCGGCCAGACCCUUCUCCUCCUGGCCGCGGGGGCACUUGGUCCUUGCCUUUAACCUCGUGUGCGCUCCAGAGAAUAUACCUUGUGCCUCGUGUGCUGUGGAGAAUUAAGGUGAACAUGAACUCCAGGGUGUGGGCAGGGUUGGAAGGAUACCAACUCUCUUGGUUUUCCAAGAAUAAAUCUCUUUCCUAGUCUACAGGUAACAGGGGCAACACAGUUCUGUUUGGGAGGAAAACGAGGGAAGAGCCCUGUCAAAACCUCGGGGGCCUCGGGAGUGGGGAACCGGGUGUCUAGUGCAGGACGGGACCUGGGUGCGGUGAGGUGUGAGGGAGCCUGCAACACGCGGAGGGCUGAGGGGCGUGUUACCCGAGGGUCUUUGCUGGGCCCUAGACCCAGAGCAGCAGCGCAGGAAACGUGUCCCAGGCCGAAGUUCCUGCGACUGCACCGUUGCCCACCCCCACCCCCGCCCCGGCUGCCGCGCCUGUAUCCCAGGAAGGCUUUCCUCUGUUGAAUCAAAGACUGCUUUCUCCACUGUUGCCGUGGGUACUGUUUAUAGGGGGAGGGGAGGAGCGGGGGUGGCAGCCGCUUGAUGACUCCCCUGGUUCUUGUAAGAGCAUACUUCUGCCAAGGAGUUGUUUUUACUGCUGUGUUUUGUACAUGUUGUCCUUUCUUAUUAGAACACCCCUUCCCUGUCUUUAGACUGGAUCUCACUCAUCCCAGGACGGAAUAGUCGACGACAACCGAAAUCCGUUUGUUAGUUCAGUACCUCCCGGCCUUCUGAACUUCCAAGGCUCUCCUGUGCUGCGCAGUGACAUUCCUGCUCGGAGAAUUGGGAGUGUGGGGACAACGUGGUCACCUAAACAAGGAGGCACUUUCCCUUUGUUCUGAAAUUCCUUUUUUUCCUCUUUCCCUGAGUUAUAUUGACCUAAAGUUCGUUUUGUUUGUAUUUUUUUAAGAAAAUAUUAAAAAAAAAAAA